GUCCAGUUGAGAGAAAAAGUCUUGAAAGGUGUCGUUUUGAAGCAGUUACAUCACAGUGAUCUUCAGGAGCUUCAAAUUGGAGUGCAAAAUGUCUUGCAAAUCACGCAGACUCUAAGCCACGGUCAAGUCUCACAGCUAUCCUGGUGGAAGUAUAACUAACUGAAGCGUGCAAGCUAAAGAGGCCCAAUGGUCCUGGAGAACAAGAGGGACGACGACUCUGACAACAACAUGAACUCGGCAGUCAGCACCGAGUCCAUGGACAUGGCUGAGGAGCCAGACUAUGACACGUCGUACGGUGCGCAGGACAUGUCGCAGGCGGACGGGUGCGGGCUGAGCGGCGGCUCGGAGGACGACGAGGAGUGCGCGUCCUCGCCCGCCGGCUCUGCGUACGAGGACGCCGGUGACGUCAUCAAGAGCGCCAUGAGCGAUGAGGUCACCAAGCAGCUGGCGGCGGCUGGGCCCGUCGGUAUGGCAGCAGCGGCCGCCAUAGCAUCUUCCAAAAAACGCAAACGGCCGCACUCGUUUGAAACCAACCCUUCAGUCAGAAAACGUCAUCAGAAUAGACUUCUUAGGAAACUGAGGCAAACGAUAGAAGAAUUCGCGACACGCGUCGGCCAGCAGGCCGUCGUACUAGUGGCCACUCCGGGCAAGCCGAACACCUCCUACCGCGUGUUCGGCGCCAAGCCGCUGGAGGACGUCGUGCGCAACCUGCGCUGCAUGAUCAUGGAGGAGCUCGAGAACGCGUUAGCUCAGCAGUUCGGGCUGGGCUCGGGCCCGCAGGCGCCGCCGCCGCCGCAGGAGGACCCGUCGCUGUUCGAGCUGCCGCCGCUCAUCAUCGACGGCAUCCCCACGCCGGUGGAGAAGAUGACGCAGGCCCAGCUGCGCGCGUUCAUACCGCUCAUGCUCAAGUACUCCAUGGUACGAGGCAAGCCAGGUUGGGGUCGCGAGUCUACACGACCGCCGUGGUGGCCCAAGGACCUGCCGUGGGCCAACGUGCGCAUGGACGCUCGCUCAGAGGAUGAGAAGCAAAAGAUGUCGUGGACGCACGCGCUGCGGCAGAUAGUGAUCAACUGCUACAAGUACCACGGGCGUGAGGACCUGCUGCCCGCCUUCACGGACGAUGAUGAUGAUAAGCACCACCAGAGGGCGCUGUCGCCUGCGUCAUCGCAAUGUAUGCCAAGCGGCAGUUGCAACUCUGGCGGGUCGAGCAAGCACGGCCAGCAGGCGGUGCUGACGUCACAGCAAGUGUGCAUCGACCAGAUGACACUAGCCGAUGUUGAUAUGUCGCAAUACGCCCCCGCCGUGCUGCAAACGAUCACGAACCCGGACGGCUCGGUGUCGCUGAUCCAGGUGGACCCGAACAGCCCGAUCAUCACGCUGCCCGACGGGACCACCGCGCAAGUCGUAUGUAUCCAAAGUACAGAAGGCGGUGCGGUAGUGAGCGGAGUGCCGGUGAGCGGGCUGGACGGGGAGGGCGUGGCCGUGGACCUGAACGAGGCCGGCCUCAACUCCGACACGCAGAUCAUACUCACCACCGACGACGGCCACGGCUAUCCCGUGUCCGUGUCGGGCGUGAUUACAGUUCCCGUAUCUGCGUCUGUCUACCAGUCGAUGGUGGCCUCCAUGCAGCAGCAGGACGGCGUGUGCGUGGCGCCGCUCGUGCAGGUGGAGCAGAACGGCGAGGCGCUGGAGGCGAUCUCGAUGGGCGGCGGCGUGGCGCAGGUCAUGCUGCAGGGCGGCGGCGAGGCGCAGGUGCUGCAGGUGCUCAGCCUCAAGGACGCCACCGUGCUCACUAAGGCGAUGCAAAUGACAUUCCAGCAGCAGCAGGUGAAGUCGGAGCGCGAGGCGGUGGUCGCGGACUCCUAGCUGAUGGGCCUCGUGGCGGACGAGCAGGAGCCGCCCGCCGGGGAGCCGCAGGAUGCAGACUAGCCACUCCACCACAGAUUACACAUACACAUUGACAGUUGACAGGUGACAUUGACACAUGACAGGUGACAGUGACACUGACAGGUGACAGUGACACUGACAGGUGACAGUGACACUGACAGGUGACACAUGGCAGGUUUUCAGGCGGGAGCGUACGAACAUUUUGUAUAGACACGUCUUGUUUACGUGUUUUAACAAUAGACCCCGGUUUGUGACGUUUUCAUCAUAGAACAUAAUUAUUAAGACGUUGCAUUGUAUAAAUUUAUAAAUGUUACCCGUAACACUUACAUGAUGUACAGAUAAAACAAAGAGUUACCGUAUGAGAUUCUCGAAUGACACGAACAAUAUUAUAUACCUACUAUAAAAUUUUUAAACAUCUUCCUUAUUAUAUUGUAAAUAAAUUAGAAACGAUUCAAUUAUUAAACGGCGAAAAUAAUAGUUACUAUUCUUCUCUAGGUCUAGGGUUGCCACGUUUAGGAAAAUAUGAUGUUAAAAUUGUAAUACAUGUAAAAUAAAUCAUACAAGUGAAUAUACAGCCUUGAAAGGCCAUGAUCUAUUUCAGAAUAGAAAAAUAUGCCAAAUGAAAACAUAAAAUGUCUUACUCAGAUGUUGAUGGUCUGAUAAAAAUAAAUUAAUCAACAACAAGGUUUCAAUAACUGAUACAUAUGUGAUUUCUCGAAUGUAACUUAUUACAAAAACUACCAAAAACAGAUUUUGAACAUGAUUGUGAUGCAAGUUGAGGGUUAGUCACAAUAUUAACGAGCGAGUUAUAAAACGGGCAUAGAUAAUGUUAUGAAUAAAUUGUCCAAGAUCUCAGCGAUCGACCGCGUCCUCAGGACGCAGACUAGCGUAAUUUUUAUUUAUUAAUUUAUCGAUAAUUUAUUAAGAAACACCAAAUAUUUAUACCAAUUUAUUUUUGUGCAAUAACGCAAUAUUUGUUCUGGUACUUUAUUUUACCUACAUUCCUUUAUUUUAAGCGUAUUUAAGUGCAAUCGUUGUUUUUAAUUUAAUUUUAGUUUUUUGUUGACACGUUCUAGUCGGUUUGAGUCAUAGUAACGAUCUAGUCUAAUAAACGUAAUUUAAAAUUGUAAAAUACUUUCUUAGGAGAAUUAAUAUAAUUAAAUUUCACUGUAUUUAGUGAGCGACCUCAGCAGGGUUAAAGAUCCAAAGUAUAUCUAUAUUGAUGUUUAAAAUGUAUAGAUGUUAUGCAUUUAGGGACGGUUGAUGACUUUGCUGGUUUUCAGUGGUCGGUUCGGCGACGAAACCUAUUUGACAUAGGUUAUGUUUCAUAUAUGUAAUUCAUAAUAAUAAAUUAUUUUAAAUUGUUAGCCAAGUCUAGUUGUAAGAUGUAGACAUCCUAGAAAAGUACAAAUCUGUAUAAUUGCGUAUUAUUUAUUUUAUUUAAGAGAUCCAUAACCUUAUUGUUUUUAAUUUUAUAAUUUAUGGGUUUUAUUUUGUGUUCAUUAAUUUAUUUAAUUUAAUAUUUAUAUAUAGGUAUGGAAAAGCACAAUUUUGUUGUUAAGUGAUGAUUUGCGAUUGUAAAUAUGGUAUGACUGUGUGUAUAAUGCAAUCAUUAAAAGUAUUUACGUAAA